CUCAUAACCGUAACCGAUGACUUCAUGCUGCCCAACGUCUCCUAGCCAUACAAAAUGCACUGCACAGACAUUUCUGUCAGUGAUGACCAGAAGGUGGACAAUUUCAUCUUGCCAGAUGGUGCGGUCAUGACCGCCAAGGCAGACUCUGUAUCGCCGACGAAUUUCAUUCACAUCGAUGAAUUGAUUGUGUGCGAGUAUCAUUUACUCGAUCGGACCACGCAGCUCUUCGAAACUACCGCAUCACAUGUACCAAGCUUUCAGGUCAUCGAGAUCCUUUCUUCCUCCCAGGUCAGCUCGCCACAGACAUAUAGAAACGACAUCUCCGUGAAAGAUAUGUGGGCGACUGUAUACGCACUCUUCACGCUGUACCACAAUCAAGAGACCAUCCCGGUUGUCCUGUCUCAGAAAAUCAAUAAUAGCGAGGAGCUACGCUCGUAUUUACUUCGAUCUGGCCUCGGGCGUACGGCACAUGCGCCUACAGCUUCAAAAGAGGAAAUAUACUUGCACAGAGCCACAUUCUGGCAGGGUGCGGGAACACAAGGAUACCAUAGUCGCGGCUGGCUACCUCCAUCAUCCUUUUCAGUUGCACCUUUUCCCUUCAUCCCGUCAUUCACCCGUACACCCACUGUCAUUUCCGGGCACCCCCGUCGGGAGACUCUAGAGUUCACGUACUUUGAUCUCCGCAGCGGAUCGAAUACUUCAGAGCAUCUAGACUUCUUUCAUCGUUGGCAUAAUUCAGAGCGAGUGAACAAGGGGUGGGGAGAACGCGGCUCGCUGGAGAAACACAGAGCAUAUAUCACGGAAAUAACGAACGACCCUGGUGUUCUGCCUGUAAUAAUGAGCUGGAACGGCAAUCCCAUGGGAUAUGCGGAGAUCACCUAUCUGAAGGAAAAUCAUGUGGCACCCUACAUUCCUGGUGGUCCUGGAGACUGGGAUAGGGGCAUCCACGUCCUUGUCGGAGAGGAUAAAUUCCGUGGUGCUGUGCGAACCAGUCUGUGGCAUCGUGCUCUGAUACACUACUGCUUCUUGGCGGACCUCCGCACCGAAAGUGUGAUGACUGAGCCCAGAGCUGAUAAUUCCUCCAUAAUCAAAGUGGAAUUUGACUCUGCCAUGCAUAUUCGAACAAUUUUUGAUUUUCCCUAUAAACGCUCUGCACUCUUCCGCGUUCCCAGAUACCGUUUCUUUAGGCUGGACUUGCUGUGACAAUGAUACGUUUUGUUGGUGGCGGAAUACUUUGUAGAUAGCGUAAACUGGAG